AUGGUCAAAGCGUGUGGUAUCUGCAAUCAGUACAAAAAUAGCCAACAGUGUGAGCCGAUGCAGAGUUCGGAGAUCCCAGAGCAUCCCUUUCAAAUCGUAUCGAUGGACUUGGGAGAACUGAUACACAAAGGACGGAAGAUGAUAAUGCUGGUGUCGGUAGACCAUUUCUCUAACUUUGUGGAAGUGGACUUUUUGAAUGAUGGCCAGCAAACAACAGAACACAUCGAUCGGUGCAAGAAAAACUUCAGUCGGCUAGGUGUACCCCGUAAAAUCAUAACCGACUCAGCUAAACAGUUUGUCGGCAAAGAGUGGGCGCAAUUCAUGAAAGCUUAUAAUAUCAUCCAUGCCACGAGUGCACCAUAUCACCACGAAUCCAACGGAAAGGUCGAAUCAGCUAUUAAAAUUGCAAUAAACGUUAUUAAAAAAGCUUUGGAGGAUGGAAAGGACAUAUGGCUGGCUCUAUUAGACUGGAGGAACACGCCGCAAACGGACGGUUACGCGCCGUCGCAAAAAGCUCUAGGCAGACGAACAAGAAGCAUUCUUCCGGUAGCAGCUUGCCAACUUCAACUGCAAACGGUGGACACGAAGAAGAUUAGAGAGAAGAUUGAGCUACGAAAAGUCAAGUCGAAGUUCUACCACGACCGCAAGGCUCAAGAGUUGCCGAUGUUGCUUAGAGGACAGGAGGUGUAUGUACAGCUGAAGCCCGAGAAGACAUCCGAGUGGACUCGAGGAAGGAUAACGGAAGGGCUGAGCGACAGGGACUAUCGAGUUGCAGCAAAUGGUGGAAGCUAUCGUCGAAACCGCAAGUUCCUUCGUGACGCCUGCACUCCGAUUCAAAUAGAGGAAUCAACGGUUCAGGAAUCCGGCAACCAAACCAACAAUCAAACCGUCGAUUCAUCAAAUGCGUGGUACAGCAUGUCGGAGGACAGUUGGUAUCCAGCAUCGAGCACUCCAAGACCAGCAGAUCGAACAACGAAUGAAUCAGAGAGAUCAUCUAUCCAGUCAUCGCGCAAGUCGACUCCGCUGAACCCAGUAAGUGAGGCGAGAAGACCAAAGCGGGAUGUGCGUCGUCCGAUCAGGUUUGACGAUUACGAAAUGGGAGAGGUAUGUUAA